GACGUUGUUGCUCUGCACUCGAGAAGCCUCGUUUCUCCUCUCCUUUUUCCGGCAUCGAAGACAGAAGAGAAGACAGAAGAGUACUCGCAGCAGUUGCAGAGGGAGAGGAGAAAAUGAGGAGUUGAGAUGAGAAAAUGAGAUGAUGGAAGGAGCGGAAGAAGAGCUGGAAAGGAGGAGCCGAUUCCUGAGCGGUCUUAUACAGAAGAAGAAGGAGAGCGAGCAGCACGAGCAGCUGCAGCGGCUCAAUGUUCGAGUCCGAGCUGCUGACAUGCCUCUCCCCUUGCAAGACCGAGCCUUCAGGUGCGCUCGCGACUCGCUCGACGCCAUGAUGCUGCAACCCUCCAACACCACCACCAACAACAACAACCACAACAAAAGCCACAACCACAGCAAGCUCGACAGCAAGCGCCUCGCACUCGCCCUCAAAAAGGAAUUUGAUUCAUCAUAUGGCCCAGCUUGGCAUUGCAUUGUGGGGACGAGCUUUGGUUCGUAUGUCACGCAUUCCCUGGGAGGCUUCUUGUACUUCUCCAUUGAUAAGGUUUACAUUCUUCUCUUUAAGACGGCCGUGGAACCUUUAGACCAUUGAUGCUUACUGGAUUUUGAUUCCACCUGUGUUUGUGUUUGUGAAAAUAUAUAUUUGAGAGCAUGAACAUUUACCUUAUUGAAAGCGUGCUCACUAUUAUGUUAUGUAUACAAGCAUGCUAUUGCAGAUCGACUGCACAUGCAUGUACACAACAUGGUUUGAUGCAUGUUGCACCACAUGUUUGAAAGAUUGUCAUCUUGGUGAAGUUUGAAUUAUCAAAUGCAAGAUUAUAAAGAGUCCAUGCGUUCUGCGUCA